AGGAAAUGAGAGAGAGAGAGAGAGAGAGAGAGAGAGAGAGAGAGAGAGAGAGAGAGAGAGAGAGAAGAGAAGAAAGAGUGAGAGAGUGAGAGGUAGGCAGUGAGAGGGAGGAGUGCCCAACCCAAACGCCUCAAGACUCACACUAAAACCGCACACCAACCAACCAACUGAGCCAAGAAAACAAGAGGUGACCAACCCCACUCAGAAGAAUCCUCGCGCAGGCUCGCCAGCUCAGUCACCCGCAAGACGUCAGACGGGAGAGGAGUGUGUACCUGUCUCUCUCUCCUGGGCCGCUGCACCCACCUGUCUUGCCCUUGCCUCUCCCUCCCUCCCCUCCCCAUCCGUUACCUUGAAGACGGGCUUACCUGGGAGGCAUACAGAGGCAGAUAAAAAAGACAUACGUUAAAGAGAGAGAGAGAGAAAGACUUAAUAUUAUAGAGAAGGACGUUAAAUACUAGAGAGGGAAAAAAAAUGAACGUGAAACAUUUAUUUGUGACAAGACGAAAAGGAAACUAUUCAGAAGAAUUGUGAAGAUAGUUUUUUGUGGUAUUUCCGAAGCUUGGAUAGUGAGUGGGAGUGAACACACACACACACACACACACACACAAGGUGACCAUGAGCAGCACAACAGAUUCAUUACUUACAAUGUUACCGCCGCUGGUGCUGUGAUGCUGAGACGCCCAACCUACACCUCGCCGCGCCCUUCCCUCCCCUGCCCUGCCCUGUCCUGCCUUACCGAGCCAUAUCCUGCCAUACCCUGCCUGUCCACGCCCCACGGUAACAACAGGAAAACAUAAGCGCAAUGGACUCCUUUGCGCAACACAGCACCACCACCGCUACCACCACCACCACCACAGCUGUCAACAGAAGACCCUCCCGCAGCAGGCAUUUAGCGCACAGCCUCAUCUACCUCCUCCUGGGCACCACCAUUGCUAGAGCGCAGUGUCCGUGGCCCCGGGAAGUGGUAGAAUUGAACGGGUCUUGCCUCUGUGCUUAUAACCUUAGGAAUGAGUUGUCUAUUCAGUGCACGUCUGUUAACUUCACGCUGCUCAUGACGGUACUACAUCAAAGGGCUGCUAGCGUACCGUUGGACUUGCUGUAUGUAAAUGGUACGCGCAUCAGUGCCCUAAAUGAUCGCACCUUUGAUGGUCUCAGCGUGGAGAAUAUACAGUUCUCCUCCUGCGGGAUUUACAACAUAAGCGACGGCGCAUUUAGAGGACUAGAAGACAAGCUGAAGAAUCUAAACUUACAAGAUAACAGGAUCUCGGAGGUCCCCACUGCUGCUCUUUCUAAAUUAAGAAGAUUGAAGCUGCUGGAUCUAUCUGGGAACCUCCUGACGAAUAUUCCCAAAGAUGCCUUCAAGGGGCUCAGGCUGUCCACUCUCAAGCUGGCAGAGAACGACUUGGUGCUGUCCGAGGGCGCUUUUGCUGGCUUAGAAUCGACCCUGAAGAACUUGAACCUGAAGGAGACGAAGCAAAAGACAAUACCGAAGGCCAUUAUUAACCUGCCUGUUCUUGCCUUCCUCGACAUUGCACAGAACGAGAUACGGAGUCUGGAGAAAGGUAUUUUGAAGAACCUGCACUCCCUGACGGCGCUCAACCUGGAGAGAAACACACUGCAGAGCCUGGUACCGGAGGACUUCACAGGGAUUAACGACACUCUCUCCUCUCUUUCCCUGCUCAACAAUCUCAUCACUGGCUUCCCUGUGCGGGCCUUCAACUCUCUUUCCGAACUGAGGGUCCUGGAUAUUGGCUUCAACCUCAUCCCUGAGAUCCCGGUGGAAGGCUUCAGGGGCAUCAAGUCCCUAACGCUCCUUGCUCUGGAUGGCAACCCCUUAACCAUUGUCCCUGAGUCAGCCUUCGCUCACCUUACGUCCUCGCUAAGGGGACUGUCAUUAGGCGGUCGUUUUCUGAAGUGUGACUGUCGCAUGGCAUGGGUACCUCGGUGGAUCACUGAGUAUGACCUGCAGGUGACAUCUCGUGAGCGCAAUCCUCAGUUCUGCGGCCAACCUCCUGAGCACCGUGACAAAUCCUUCUACCAGCUCAAUGAGGCAGAGAUGACAUGUGAAGAUGGCUCCUCCCCAGUUUUCUCUCUCCCUCCUCCUGCUUCCACCACCUCACCUCCCAAAACAUCUACCUCCUCCUCUUCAUCCACAUCUUUUUCCUCCCCUUCUACAACCAAGCGUGCUACCACCACCACCGCUGUCAGUACGACGACUACGUCCACUACUGCUAAACCUGAGGCAGCAUCAUUCCGUCCUGGUGAGGUGCUUCAUGCUGGCUCAAGUGGCACAGGUCAUGUUGGGUCAGUACAGCGUGGCCCUGGAGGGGAGGCACCAAGACGAGGAGGAGGAAGAGGAGGGAGACCAGGAAAUGACAUCCCUCCUCCUCCUCCACCACCCACUAGGUCACAGCAACGCCCAACCACCGUUCUUGAGAGGCCAGCCAAUCAACCUGUGCCUUCUUCUCCCUCAAGACCUAACCUGGUACUGAGGAACAAGGAGCAGGAUGGCCAUGAUGACAGGUUCUUUGGCCAGGCUUCAGGACCUUAUGUAGAGGAGGUCAUCGUGCAGGAUGCCUACAGAAAGGAGAACUCAGUCAUCAUCCAGUGGGACUCAGAGGUGUCCAAUAUUCUUGGCUUCAGGGUUGUAUACAGACUCUUUGGGGACAAGACAUUCAAGCUUGGACCGCCUCUAGCUGCCUCAGAGCGAGAGUUCAAGAUCAAGAAUGUCCCCACCCAGGAAUGUAUUGUGGUGUGCGUUGUUUCACUGGAAGACACCAACGUGACACCCGACAGCGUUCAAAAUUCCCAGUGCCGAGAGAUUCGCACAGAGACCUCAGCAGCAAUGCACAUGGACACAAUCAUCAUAGCAGCGUCAGCAGCAAUCUGUGGUACCGUCAUCAUUGCAGUGGUCGUCUUCAUCUGCUGCAACAGAAAACGUGGCAGUGACUCAAGGGAGAAGCAUGGCAUUCCUUCAGUUCUUGGUGCAUCUUCACCUCCCUUAGCCUCCCUUGGAACCCUCGGUGCAGGUGUUGGGGGCACAAGUGGAAAGCCAGACUGGGACACCCUCUCCAUGUAUUCUCAGAGAUCUAUUCCCCGAGCUAGGAUGUACCAUAUGGAUAAAGGCUCAGUAAACAAUGGAUUUGUGCCUGAUGAUGCGCGGUCCCACUUCUCUCAUGCCUCGUCCAGACACAUCCCCCGUGCGCGCUCCAUGGCAGAUGGACAGAGCCAGAGGUCCUAUUCAGCCCUCAGUGCCUCUAAUCUUCGUGCCCCAAGCUUCUCUGCAGGGUUGGGACUCUCCAGACAAGACCUCAGCCUGUCGCGCCAGUCCCUCGCCACCACACACUUCAGUGGCUCAGCUUUUGGACCAAUAGCAGUGAAUCCCAAUGCCACGCCCUAUGUUAUGGGAGGGCCCGGAUCCACUGUAGGCAUGCCUCGAGUCACCUCCCAGCGUGGGGACAGGAGGCGACACCGUUCCAAGUCUCGGGAACGGUCCAGCUCUCGCCUCAGCCAUGCUGGGUCCACACACUCACUGACGGGUUAUGACACUGAUGGCUGGACAGACCACGACAUGGACAUCUAUGUGGCUAGGAACCCUACACGAGGUGGUCUGGUUCAGCUGUAACUGUCACAGACACCAGUGGCAUUUCAACAUAUUUCUGCAAUGCUGAGAGAUCAUGCUGCAAGAAUCUUCAGUGAAAAAUUAAAUUAAACAAUCCUUCUUAUACAUUUCCUGGGUAUAGAUUUGUCUCUUAUAUUGGGGUAUGUCUUGCUAUCUUGCUUUUCUCUUCAGACACCCAGUGCCUCAUCCUCUUCUUUUAGGUGCCAGUCUUAAAUUAUUUUCUUGUCUUUCAAAUCUUCAAUGUUUAUGGAUGUUUUAUAUUGGUAUGCUGUCACCAGUUAUUGUUAAGAUUGGUUUUACUAAUCUUCCUGUGUGUGAUGAUAAAGUUACAGUAUAAGGUUAUGCUUGCUUUGAGGGCUAAUUUGGAAAUGCACUUAGUUGUUUCAGUCUUCAGAAAUAAAUAAGGGAAGAUACAAGAAGCUGCCAGGCUUGCCUGUAGCACCUCCCCUGUAGUACUAGCUGAGGCCAUGAGGAGGCUGCAGGUGUCAUGUUUAGGUCAUUAUAAUGUUAUUUUUAUUUUCUUUGCUCCCAGUGAGGGCGUGGUGUUAGUGGUGGCAGUGGUGGUGUGGUGGUCACCCUUUGUAGUAGUGGUGGUGGUGGCGGCAUUGAGAGUAGUCUGAGGGUCUUUGUUCAGGUCACUGCCUCACCACCACACAGCCACACCCUGACCCGUCCUGUACAUUACUUCUCAUUUUUACUAAGGAUAUUCUGACAUAGAGGGAGGGAUUUAUAGUGAAAUUAAUAUUUGCUUCCCUUAUUUUUUACACUCCUUACUGAGAUGAAUGAAUAAAUAAAUAUUGUUAAUUUAAUAUUCAUACAAUGAUACUUUCAGCUCAUCAUGAUUAGGUGUGUUUUAUUUCUGCAAUGUUGAAACAUUUGCAGUUCAUACAAUGAUACUUUCAGCUCAUCAUGAUUAGGUGUGUUUUAUUUCUGCAAUGUUGAAACAUUUGCAGUGAGGAGUCACUGGUGCAGUGGUGAUUACUAUUCAGGGCCCAUGAACAAGCAUGAGUCAGUGUAAAUAGAUGGAAAUAUUUAUGCUUCUUUUUGUGAAAAAUGCGAGUCCCUGUCAUGAGAAACUGAGGAAAUGACUCUGCUCCUCAUCAUCACUUUCCUGACUGUGGUGAUGAACAGUAUUGUGGCCUGUGUAGUGUGGUGACUUAAGCUGAAUAGGCCAGCCAUCUCCCCUCCAGCAACACAGGACAAAGUGUGACAUGGUGUGGUGGUGUGAGGUGUCUUGGCAGUGUUAAAGUGUUACAGAGAACCAGAUGACUCAAAUUCAGAGGUGGACAAAAAUGUGUGUGUGUGUGUGUGUGUGUGUGUUCCAUAAGUUUUAUAUCAACUUUGUAUGAAAUCCAUGAGACUUGAAGUAAUCUUGCAUCCUCUUGCUGACUGAGGUUGGACUGACAACCUCAUUAGAAUCUGGACUACAGUUCUCCUUCAGUACUGGGAAAGUCACUUGAGACUUUAUUGUUGAACCUGAGCCCUGUCACCUGUUUUUAGCUUCUGUCCUGUUAUGAUUGUCAUCUGUUUUGAGAGGUGUCUCAUGGGUCUGCUUUUGGUUCUAAUGUUCACUUUUUUGAUAGUGUGUGUGUGUGUGUGUGUGUGUGUGUGUAUUUUUUUGGCAGUGACUACUUACUCAUUGUACUUGCUGCUGCUUCCUCAGAUUAAUUUUCAUUAUUAUAUCAAAAUGUAUUUCCUUCUUUGUUCGAUGUUAUGCCGAAAUGAUAAACUAAUGAGACUAAUUCAUAAGUUUUAUAAUUCAUUCUAAACCAUAUAGUAGUCUACUCACUUCUUAUUUUGAAAAGAAGAAGCAGUCUACAAAAUAUAAUUUCUCUUAAGUGAAAAAAUUGCUAAAGUGGAUAUCUCUUCCUUUGUAUCUUUAUAUCUGCAGUGAGAGAAAUACUCUGAUAACAUAAAUAGCAACUCAUGAAUCUUUAAUAUUGGUAAUUUAAGUUACUCCUGUCAAUAACAUGUACAUAUGAAUAGCUAGAACUUGUCAUGAUAGUGAUGUUAUGAACUUCAUGCCAAAAGUCUGAUGGUUUCAUGUCGAGUGCUACUAUCUCUGUUCUUUUUUUUUUUUUAAAUAAAUAUCAAAUAUGCCCUA